GAUAUAGGAGGACUUUUGGCCCACUCGGCCAGCUUCCGCUGCGGCCCUGCCUGCCUGCCUCUUGAACCGCGUGGCGCCGCCGCCGCCGCCGGGAUUCACAAAACCAACGGAGCAUACGGACUAGAAUCUUCGCCGCUCGCCGCCGCGGGGACCAAUGGAGCGCGCAGUGCGGGAGCUGUGGGCGGAGUCGCGGGACCUGCUGGGCCUCCACUCCCCGGACGACGCCGCCGCCGCCGACGCCGCGAUGCCCCGCGCCGAGAUGCCCCCGACGCCGCUCGCGUUUCUCCGCGACCACGUCUCGCCGGGGCGCCCUCUCCUCGUGUCCUCCGCCGCCACCAGCCACUGGCCGGCCGCCUCGCUGUGGCCGACCGACUCCUACCUCACCGACGCGCUCCGCUCCACCGCCGUCUCGCUCCACCUCACCCCCGACGGCCGCGCCGACGCCCUCGCCCCGCACCCGCGCCCGAGCCACCCCGGCGCCAAGUGCUUCGCCUCCGCGCACGUCCGCCAGGUCGACUUCCCCACCGCCGUGCGCCUCAUCCGGAGCUCCGAUCCGGCCUCCGGCCUGGUGGCCUACGCGCAGCAGCAGGACGACUGCCUGCGCGGGGAGUACGCCGCCGUCGCCGGCGACGUGGACGCGCACGUGCCCUGGGCCAGCGACGCGCUCGGCUGCCUCCCCGAGGCCGUCAACCUCUGGAUCGGCAGCGCCUGCUCCCAGACCUCCUUCCACAAGGACCACUACGACAACAUCUACGUCGUCGUCUCCGGCGAGAAGCACUUCCUCCUCUUGCCCCCCACCGAGCACCACCGCCUCUACGUCCGCGACUACCCCGCCGCCCACUACGCCGCGGAAGAUGAAGCGGAGCUGAGGCUUAAGCUGGAGCUGGAGGAGCCCGAGAGGAUCGUGCCAUGGAGCAGCGUUGACCCCUACCCGCCGUCGCCGGAGGAGGCGGCCGCGCAGGCGUCAUCCUUCCCGCUCUACUUCGAGGGGCCGAGGCCGAUCCGCUGCACGGUGCGCGCCGGCGAGAUGCUCUACUUGCCGAGCAUGUGGUUUCACCAUGUGAGCCAGAGCCCCGGGCCGAACGGGCUCACCAUUGCAGUGAACUACUGGUAUGACAUGCAGUUUGACAUUAAGUAUGCCUACUUCAACUUCUUGAGGUCAUUGGAGAUCGAUGGUAGUUCGUCGAAAAAGACGGAUGCUUUGGAAGACGAUCUCGAGGAGACGAAUGAUUGAAUUGAAAUUUUUGCGGUAAUUCUGGAUCUAUGCAGAAUAUAACUUGAUUCAAUUGUUGUGACUUGUGAGCAUUGUCAGUUUAAUGUUUUGGAGGCAGAGGUCAGGGCAUAGAUCUUGAUAACCUGUGUUUAUGUUGUACCAAUUUUCAGGGCCAAAUGGCUUAUCAGGUUUGAUUUAGUUUCAGAGUCAACAUAUUGAUGUCAACUUUAAAAUUUUUUAUUCAGAUAUAGGAAGGUGAAUUUUGUCUAAGAUUUACUCUCCACUAGUCAUGCUUACAUUAUGCAGGUCUGAGAAAUGGCCAUCUUAUGUGAAUUAUGCAUGUUUUAGUGCCAGAUGGAUCAGAUGUUGACAGAAUGAAUAUCAAGCAAUUACAUCUUCUGAAUC